CUAACUCCGUCGUGAGGGUCCUGGGAGGGAGGCGGCCUCGUUUAGUUCCUGCCCUCCUCUUAAAACAGGAAGACAAGUUGACCGAAACCCGACAUGAAAAUAUUACCGACGGCAGUAAAUGUCCACUGGCAGUCAGAGUAAGUUACAAGGAGGACAACAGAAGAACCGGGUGGAUUAAACUUUAGCUGUGCCGUCUCUGUUCACUCCCUCCACGAGUGAAGCCGUUUGUCUUUAGCUCGCCGCGUUAGCUUGUUUGCUAACUUCAACAUACCGCAGGUCCGGGUCGAGAUUUUUUUUCACAGCUGGUUGGGUUGCGCAAAGAUUCGGUUUGCAAAUCUGCUGGUUUUCGACACACUUCAUAACAUUUCACCAUGGGAUCCAGGGCGUCCACGUUACUCCGAGAAGAGGAAAUCGAAGAAAUUAAGAAGGAGACCGGGUUCUCCCACAGUCAGAUCACUCGCCUGUACAGCCGCUUCACCAGCCUGGAUAAAGGUGAAAACGGCACCCUCAGUCGAGAAGAUUUCCAGAGGAUCCCAGAGUUGGCCAUCAAUCCUCUGGGAGACAGAAUCAUCAAUGCGUUCUUUCCUGAGGGAGAGGACCAGGUAAACUUCAGGGGCUUCAUGCGGACCUUGGCUCACUUCAGGCCAAUCGAGGACAAUGAAAAGAACAAGAAUGCUGCUGCCAGCGAGCCACUCAACAGCAGGACAAACAAGCUGCUCUUUGCUUUCCGUCUGUAUGACCUGGACAGAGAUGACAAAAUCUCCCGGGAUGAGCUGCUGCAGGUCUUACGGAUGAUGGUUGGUGUAAACAUUUCAGACGAACAGCUUGGCAGCAUUGCUGAUAGGACCAUACAGGAAGCUGACACAAAUGGCGAUAACUCAAUUUCCUUCAAUGAAUUCAUCAAGGUGUUAGAGAAGGUGGAUGUGGAACAGAAGAUGAGCAUCCGGUUCCUGCAUUAAAAGGCUUUUCUUCGUUCUUUUCUUUUUUUUAUUUUGAGUAGAGCUUCAACUUGUCAGCUGAUGUCAGAACACAACCUCAUCCAGCUUCUCGGCAGGCUGCUGUGGCCCACACUACAAGUUCACACUGUCAGAUCAAGCAUCAGGUAGAUAAUGUCAUAGAUCUUGAGUUUCUGCCUUUGCACUGCUCUGUAAACAAAGGGAAAAGUUGCGUGCCUUGGAUUGUUUUAUGCAAUGUCCCUGUGUUUUUUGUUUUUUUUUCCCCCAGUUAUGGAUCAUUAUUUAUUAGAAAACUUUAAAGGGUCACAGUUAGUACCACUGCUGUUCCACUUUCACAUGAAAAUGUAUUUUAUAGCACGGUACAAUAAAGUGUUUUGCUAUUGCAGUGAGUAAGUUUUUAAUCACGCUGUUCCAUGGAUGUUUAGCUCAUGCCAUGUCUUUGUCCAUAUACAUAUGCAAUAGUUACAAGUGCAACUUGUCAAGCGUAUGAUUCAUCUUCAAAGACAGUGUUUUUAAUGCUAAGAGGAUCUUAUGACUCCUUUUUCUUUGACUUGAGGCAGAACAAGUCAGAGCAGCCAGACUGGCAAGUUUGUCCCUCGAAGCAAAGCAGGACCUAACGUCUCUACAGAUUUUUGUGUUUUUACUCACUGAAGUGCCAUGACUUUGGUUCACCUUCCUAAGUUAUUAUCUGAACAGUAAAAAGGAACCUGUGGUCAUGUUUGUGUGUUUUAUUUUUCAUAUGGGUUAACCUAGCUACUGCCAAUAGAUUGUAAAUACCUGUGUCAAUUGUUGGACUGCAACUUAAGCAAGUUUGACCCUCUUUCAAAGCCAGUAACCACCCAGGGCCUGUUGGAGCUGAUUUAUCGUGUGAAUAAUGUAUCCAUUCACAACUACAACUGUGAUGGUAAUAAUGAAGAUUUCACACAAAAUCUCUAUCUGCUAUCUCUUUGGCUAUUAUUUGUGUCUUCCCUAGCACAUGUUCUGACAGGUAAUCAUAGUGCUCUUGCAAAAUGGUAUCAUUAAGACUUAGCUGCCAACGUGGCCUGCUUUCAAAAAGCUUAUCUCCAGAUUGAGUCUUUAUAAAUCCCUGGCUAAGAGAGUCAGGCCCUGUGGUGGAAAUUGGGCUGUGGACUAGUUAGUUUCUAGACUUCAAACAGGUAAACUCAUGAUGACGCACUAUGCUUCUAUUUAUAUAAUCAGUCUCCCUGUAGGUAACAAAAAAUGUCUAUGCACUGCUCAAUAUUUGUCUUUCAAUUUCUUCCUCAAAUUUAUUCAAAUUAUAUUUUCUGUACAGGUUAGUGCACAUGAAUCAGAGUGCAGAUGUCUGACCCUUAAAUCUUUAAUCUUUAAUGUGAAUUUAUUCAAUCAUUACAAAGAUACACUGCAGCAGAGGAGUGCUGGGAAGACAACUUGACCAUCUUAUUAAUCAUUGUGUAAUUAUCAAUAGGGUGUGAUUCACAUGUUAUGUGAUGUUGGUCUAGGUAUUAUCAAAGUGAUUCAUGAAUUUGAUUUGAAUAAAACAAGUGCCAUGCUUA